UACGGUACAGCUUGGUCGAACAGACAAUAACAUUGAGGCGAAAAUGGCGGAGGAUAUCGUCCCAGAUCUAAGCAGACCUCAAAUGUAUUUAUUUGGUUGUGCUCUCAAAUCCGACAAAAAGGAGUUCAAAGUUGAGGUGGAAGACGAUGAUGCGGAUCAUCAGCUGUCACUCAAAGCAGUGUGCCUGGGAGCGGAGGCCGAGGACACGUUUCACACGGUGGAGAUCGAGGGCGUAACGUACGACGGCAAGACCGCCAAAAUCCCUCUCGCUGUGCUAAAGCCGUCCGUGCUUCCCUCUAUGAGUUUGGGAGGGUUUGAGAUCACCCCCCCAGUCACCUUCCGCCUCCAGUCCGGCUGUGGUCCCGUUUACAUCAGUGGGCAGCAUUUUGUCAGUGUGAAGGACUCCGAUGAUGAAGAGGAGGAAAACAACACGUCACCUGUGAAAAGGCCGUCAAGUUUGCCCUCUGGGAAGCAUCCUGCUCCGAAAAAACUGAAAAUGGAGUCUGAUGAAGAUGAAAGUGAUGCAGAUGAAGACGAUGAUGCGGACGAUGACGAUGACAGUAGUGAUGAAGAUGAGGGGGAUGUGAAAGUCCAGAAAGUUGCAGCUAAACCAACCGUAAAGAAAGGUCCAGAGGCUUUGGGGAAGACGCCGAAAAACGUGACAUGGGGCCUGAAUGGCUCACCCGGAAAGCAAGGAGUCCCAUCGGCUAAAGCACAAACCCAGGCACCAGAGAAAAGGCAAGAAAAAAGUCUGAAGGAAAAGUCUGGAGCAGGCCCGUCCAAUGCACUUACCAUCCCGGAAAUCAAGAGAAAGCUAGCGUUGGUUGUCAAAGAGGGCAAAUCUGUACCUAAGACUGAGCAGAAGUUUGAAAAUUAUGCUAGAAGUGCUUUCAAGAUGUCCGAUAAAAACGUGGUUAAAGACCUCUGGAAAUUUGUACAAACGUUGACGACAGAGAAGAAAUAAGUAAUUGCAUAUUUUACUGAUGUUUUUCUAUCAUUUCAUUUUGUCCUUUGUGCUUCUCUCAAGAACAUUGCAACCCUGACACUUUAACCCCUUAUUACAUGACAUGUAAAUCAUAGAGUACAUUUGUGCUAAUCGGCAUCAUCCUGCGAUUGCAGAACACUUUUGCCGACGACAGAGUGAUCAAAUUAAGAUUCAGAGUCUGUAACCGUAUCGGUGAAUGUGUAACAUCGGUCAUUCCUGUUGCUAAAGAAACCAUUAGCCUUUUGUUAAUUUCCAUCAAGGAGACAGACUUGCUCUGUGGGGAUGUUUCACAAACUGUUCAAUAAGUCGGAGCCUGUUAAAGUAGUAGCCAAGUUAAUACAUUAAUUUAAAUUAUGUUGGUUUGUUGUCGGUCAACCCAGGUUUACGUGCACGUUUGGCAUAUUUGGUCGGUUUCACCAGCAUCUGGGCAAGUCCAGUGGUAUCAAUAGUGGCAGUGCUAGGAUAAACAUACCAAAGUGACCAUAUCAGUCCAGAGAUGAUUAGCGCUAAUUAGCAGAAUGAUUUACUUACCUUUGCUUGGUAACGUGGCUGGGUUUGUAGACAACAGCCUUGGCAAGUGGUAAAUCGUUUUUUAUUAGGUAGUUUUUGGUUAACUGUUCCUUCAAGGAUUGUGUUUAUAUGAAAAGUGAAUACAUUGUUAUUGGUAAAUACAUAAUCUGUACAAAAGAAUUUGGCUAUUGACAUCUUAAAAAUCUGUGUAUUUAAUAUUGGAACCGACUCUAGUGGUCCUGAGUAUAUUUUGUUGUCUUUCUCUGUAAUUUGCAUUUAAAUGUUUUAAUUUCAUAUAUAUGUUUUUUUUUUGUUUUUUUUUAGCUUUAAACACUGUUAUGGUCUUUUCAUGUUAUGGCCAGGUUGGUUAGCUACAUUUGUUAAUACUGCACUUCUAAAAGUAUCUCCAGUCAUAGUUUGGUAUGUUUAGUUGUAGAUUGUGUGUUUUCCAGGUUGUUGACAGUGGAACGAUAAAGGCUCUUUCUUUAUUAAACAUGAUUUUAUUAAUCUUA